CCGCAAUCAUCACCAUCCGAGCCACACCUGUACUGCACUAUCGAACACACGCCAGUACAAAUUCCAUCUCGGGAGGCGUACUGCAGAGGUCCAAUUCGACCAUGGCUACCAACGGAGCUGUUGCGCCAGCACCUGCUGCAGCGCAGACAGGAAACGUGCCUGUGCAGAUCAGCGAAGUUCGCCAAACCAACUCACGCGAAAACCGAACUGCAGCGCACUCUCAUAUCAAAGGACUCGGCUUGCGACCAGAUGGCACGGCAGAUCCCAACGGGGGAGGCUUUGUUGGACAAACUGCAGCGAGAGAAGCAUGCGGCGUUGUGGUUGACCUCAUUCGCGCGAAGAAGAUGGCGGGCAAGGCAGUAAUGUUGGCAGGUGGACCGGGCACAGGCAAGACGGCGUUAGCGUUGGCAGUGAGCCAGGAACUGGGCACGAAGGUGCCAUUCUGUCCAAUGACGGGGAGCGAGGUGUACAGCGCAGAAGUAAAGAAGACAGAGGCGCUGAUGGAGAACUUCAGGAGAGCCAUUGGCCUCCGCGUGCAGGAACGCAAGGAGGUAUACGAAGGCGAGGUGGCGGAGCUGUCUCCCGAAGAAACAGAAAACCCAUUGGGCGCAUACGGGCGGACGAUCUCGCAUUUGCUUAUCACAUUGCGAAGCUCGAAAGGCACCAAAAAGCUGAGACUGGACCCGAGCAUCUACGAGGCAAUACAGAAAGAGCGCGUGCGGCUGGGAGACGUCAUAUAUAUCGAAGCAAAUACGGGAGCCGUGAAAAGGGUGGGAAGAUCGGACGCCUUUUCGACCGAAUUUGAUCUUGAAGCCGAGGAAUACGUGCCUGUCCCCAAAGGCGACGUGCACAAGAAGAAAGACAUCGUACAAGACGUGACUUUGCAUGAUCUGGACGUUGCAAAUGCAAGACCGCAAGGUGGUCAAGAUGUGAUGAGCAUGAUGGGUCAGUUGAUGAAGCCACGCAAGACAGAGAUUACGGAGAAGCUGCGUGGAGAAAUCAACAAGGUCGUCAACAAGUACAUCGACCAGGGCAUCGCAGAACUUGUCCCAGGCGUGCUGUUCAUCGAUGAGGUGCACAUGCUUGACAUUGAAUGCUUCACGUACCUGAACCGCGCUCUCGAGUCGACCAUUUCGCCGAUUGUCAUUCUCGCCUCGAAUAGAGGACAAACCACUAUACGCGGUACGGGCUCUGUGCAGGCGAACGACCCAGGUCUCAUCUCUGCCCAUGGAAUUCCUCCGGAUCUCCUUGCGCGUCUACUGAUCGUGCCGACUCAUCCCUACACCGGCAGCGAGAUUCGAACCAUCAUCCAGACACGCGCCAAGCUUGAAUUUGCAACGCCCACUGCUCCGCAGCUCGCGGACAACCCACAGGCUCUGAAGGUGUCUGCAACACUUAGCCCCGAAGCCUUGGAAGAACUCACGAAGCGAGGCGAGACUGUGUCCUUGAGAUAUGCGCUGCAAUUGCUAUCACCCUCGAGCAUCCUCGCACGCGCACGUGGCAGUGAAGGGAACGUUAUCAGCGCUUCCGACAUCGAUGAAGCCACAUCAUUGUUCUGGGAUGCUGGGCGAAGUGCCAAUCAAUUGCGUGAGCAGGCUUCCAUGUUCAUCUCGUGAGCAUUCUGGGAUGCUCCGCUCAAGCAAAUGCCUGAAAUCAGUGAUAUUUUCCGUCCUGAGAGCUGAGCUGGUAGUCCGGCUACAGAGCUGCGAGCAUGCAACAAGAUCCUGCAUUGCGGAACCAGAUCCAAUGCCCUGCAGGCCGAACGGCCUCGCGUGCGAUUACGAGGGCAGCAGCGGAUCCCGUUCCUACCAUCAGCCACUGUGGUAGCGUCUCCCGCUUUGAGCUAGGUGACCAGACAGAGGAGAUUCGCUUUAUGCAUGUAGGCAUGGCCAAGCUCACGUCUUGCCAUAGUUGUAGUAGCACUAUCACCCAAAGGAGUUUGUGAUGGACCACAGACCCGUACAGCGUGUGCGAGUCAUAUGGCAGCAGCAUCUGAUGCAUUCCUCCUCAUUCACAGCGACCGAGAGGAUGAUUGAUUGCUUGAUAAUAAACGGUAGUAUUCAUCAAUAAGCAGUG